CACGCAGCGCCCCGCGCGUGCGCGGUGCCGGGCCAGGCCUGAGGAGGCGGCGAAGCCCCGGGACGGGCCCGGGAACAGCGGGAAAAACGGGAAAAAAGCGGGGAAAAAAGCGGGAAAAAAGCAGGAAAAACGGGAUAAUCGGGAUAAUCGGGAUCAGCACAGCGCACACCCCACCGCAGUUAUGGUGUUUUACUUCACCUCCAACGCCGCUCCCGCCGCCUACACCAUCUACAUGGGCAAGGACAAGUACGAGAACGAGGACCUGAUCAAGUACGGCUGGCCCGAGGACGUCUGGUUCCACGUGGACAAGCUCUCCUCAGCUCACGUCUACCUGCGCCUGCACAAGGGCCAGACCAUGGAUGACAUUCCCAAGGAAGUUCUGAGCGACUGCGCCCACCUGGUGAAGGCCAACAGCAUCCAAGGCUGCAAGCUGAGCUCAGUGUCGGUUGUUUACACCCCCUGGAGCAACCUGCGGAAAACUCCGGACAUGGACGUGGGGCAGAUCGGAUUCCACCGGCACAAGGACGUGCGCUCGGUGACGGUGGAGCGGCAGGCUGUGAUUCCUGGUGUAAUUCCCAUUGUUUUUCCCAUUGUUUUUCCCGGUGUUUUUCCAGGUGCGCUUGGUGACGGUGGAUCAGCACACUGUGAUUCCGGCUGUAAUUCCCAUUGUUUUUCCAGUUGUUCCCAUUCCCAGGUGCACUCGCUGACGGUGGAGCAGCAGGCUGUGAUUCCCGCUCUCAUUCCCAUUUUUCCAGGUGUUUUUCCCGGUGUUUUUCCAGGUGUGCUCGGUGAUGGUGGAUCAGCACACCGUGAUUCCGGCUGUAAUUCCCGUUGUUUUUCCCGGUGUUGUAAUUCCAGGUGCGCUUGGUGAUGGUGGAUCGGCACACCGUAA